UGUACUUUAACCAUUAGAAGGGUGUCCAGGAAAUCGUUGGAACAGAUGGAAUAUGCAAAGUAUAAUCAAAGCUACUAAACUUGGGAAGGAAAAGGGAUGUAUAAAACUAAAAAUGUUUGAGACAGUUUGAACUUUUAACAUACUGAAUUGGACAAAUAACAGGGAUAAUUUGUUUGCCAACAGAGGUUUCAUUUACAGUUGUGGCAGUUUGUUACAGCCAAUAUGAAAGCAGACGAAAAACUUCAGAUCCUGAAAUUCUUUCUGAUGCUUAUCAAUUCAUUCUUUGUGAUUCUUGGCAUCAGCAUUUUUGCAUGUUCAGCUUGGAUCUUUUUUGAUAAGGACAACUUUAUAAGUGUUAUAAGCUCUGGGAAGGAAGUAAAGCUUGUGGCUGGGGGACUCUUUGUCAUUGGCCUGGUGGUUGUUGGUGUGUCCUUGCUGGGUUGUAUUGGUGCGUGUUUAGAAAACAGAUGUUUCAUUAUAUUUUAUCUGAGCUUCUUAAUUGCCACUAUCCUUGGUCAGAUCUUCAUCACUUUGGUGCUUUUAAUACAACAACACCUGAUUGAGAGUUAUUUGAUGGAGAAUGUGGAUGAAAUAAUUGUGAAUUAUGGAGGAAAUAAAACACAGACAUCGUGGAGACUUUUGGACAGAGUGCAGAAUUCUGCAAAAUGCUGUGGUAGAGUUACACCAAAUGAAUGGAUGAAUAAUAUAGUUAUUUGGUCCUUGAGUGGAACAGACAUUUACCCCUGCUCUUGCUUCAACGGUACCUGCCCUGUAAUCCUGACAGGAACACACAGCUUUGGAAAUGGUUCAAACAUCUAUAAAAUGGGCUGUGAGGAAGUUCUGGGAAACUGGCUAGAUAUGAAUAUCAUUGUAAUAUUUGGAAUGGACGGUGGGCUUCUUUUGAUUCAGGUAUUGCAGUUCAUCUUUGGCAUUUAUGCCUAUAAAUGCAUUGGCCGCAAACGGAGAGAGCUUCAUUCCGGUAAUCUGUUGAACGCCAUGGAAGAGAGUCCUUCAAUGGAGCCUUUUGACCAGCAGUGUAACACAGAAACCCAUCAGCAUGAAUUUCAAACCUAUAACCCGCAAACAGACAGCGGCUAUUAUCAUGAUGAAUAUGACCUUGGUAAAUAUGAUCACGCUGGAUAUGAUCACAGUAGCUAUAAUCCCAAUGGAUAUAUUGCUGAGAAUUAUGACCAGUAUAACAAUCAUGAAUUUUUUGAACAGGGCGACAAUUUAAGUUACAAUAAUCCUCAAAUUCUGCAAUACACACCGAGCUACAAUGGCAGUUAUGAUCAGCGGUAUGUUCAAAAUUACCCUCAGAACUACAAUGGUGAUGAUUACUGAAGCCAGAUGCCUUUUCCCAUGUAAUAUAAUCAGAUUGGGAUGGGCUAAUUUGAGUGCUCUUUUAAAAAUAGCACUCUUUACAAAAAGUAAGCUGUGAUCUAUGUCUGACCAAAGACACUUAAAACCUUCUCAAAAGCCUUUGUUUUGUGACACAGGCUGGGGUAAUAAGUUCAGUAUGUUUAACAGGUAGUCAGUGCAUGGUCCCAGGAGUAUCAUUUGUCAUUUUAAGACAACCCGUGUUUUAACAGAAUUCAUUCCAAACCUCUAAGGUCAGAUGCUUUUGUCCAACAUAUUUGAGACAAGCCACAUUUCAAGGUGACAAUGACAGAUGAUGUACUCAUUUUUAGAAGUUUUCUAUUUUAUUUGAAUGCCACUUUACAAGAUUAGAGAUAUUGUAUAACUGUACAAGUGUAACAAUAUAAAAAUACUGACCUGAAAUAAUAACUGAUUCAUUUUGAGAUGAUCCUCACAAACAUGCUGUCAUAGUUUUUAAAUACUGUCAUACAUAUGGAAAAAUAAAAGUUGUAUUGAUGAAUAUGUAAUAAUAAUAAUAAUAAUAUGUAAUAAUAAUUUGAGUUAAUCUUUCUAAAUAAAGAAUAUCUGCUAGUACCUGCUUUCUACUCAAACAAUACAAUUAAAAAUAAACCUGUUUUAUGUACAACCAAUGGCCAUGUCUAUAUCAGGCAACUCUAUAUCAAGCACUGUUUGUACAACAGACAUGAAUUAUACCUCAAAUCAUGUGGCUAGUUAUUGUAAGUUUCUAAGCAAUCAGACUUACGUUUUUUGGCUGGCAGGUGAAAAAACAGGCAAAGAAUAUCAUAGAGACUUGAGGAUUAACAGGGAACAAUAAAACACACUGCGAUUCAGAUGCAUGCACAAGCAAACCAUUAGUCAUCCUUUGCUUUUCAUGCAAUGGACUUUCCAGGGUCUUAACUCUGAUAUUCUAAUGAUCUGAAAGGUUGUUCAGUAAAUCAAUGCAUUAGUUUUUCACUCAGAUCUGCUUUAUGAGUCAAGUGAUGAUGAUGUUGACAUGGGGGCGGGUAGCCAGAACGUUUAGUGUGUGUGAAUGUAUCUGUGUGUGUGUGUCGGAAGUCGGCGAGUCAAGAGUGGGUUUUGACUGAAGUAUGAUGGACGACACUCUCUAUAGGCUAUAAAGAGCGGCAUGUCUGUCCGCAUGAGAGGGCUCUUUGUUAAGGUUGCUCUGCGGUUGAUGAUAGCCAGGCUGACAUUACCGACCUCGUGCGGUUAUGAGUUGGCAGUCAUGCUUUACCACUACAGAUGACAGCACAUGCAUUGAUAGAGACAAAGAGAAAGUUACACGGAGGGGAGCUUGAUAUUUCCAUGGCCAGUACCUGAUUCCUGCCUGCAAUAAUAGAAGAAUGAUGCACUCAGACUGAGUCAACAGGGAAUUUUCAGAAUUGUUUGGGAUAUGCCGUUCCAGUGACCCAAAAACUCAACAGAGAGGAGAUGUUUUGGUUGUAAAUAAUAGGCUAAAAAUUCUGUCAUUAUUUACUAAUCCUCAUUUCAUUUCAAACCCGUAUGAAUUUAUUUCUUCUGUGAAACACAAAAGGAGAUGUUUUGCUAAAUGUUCAGCCUGCUACAAUGAAAGCAAAUUGUGACCACAGCCUGUCAAGCUCCAAAAAUGCAACAAUAAAGUAGUCCAUAUCACUUAUGCACAGUUGGGUAAGUUUCUUUAAAAUAGUAAUACACUACAAAUGACUAAUUUUUCCUUUAAAAGUGUAAUCAUAUGCGUAUCAAAAUGCAUAAACCACUUUUCAGAUCAACAAAUUCAAAAUAAAGUCUAUUUUUCUUUCUUGUUCAUUGUUACACACAAGUCAUACACUCAACACCUCACAUUUCUGCUUCACAAUGACUCGUUACAGGGCCAUAAUUCAUAAAUAAUAUAUUAAAAAUAAGCAUUACCCUAUAAAAUACUUGAAAGUAAUACAAUUUAUUAAAAGUCAGUUACUGCAAUCAUAUUACAAGAAUUUCAAAUGUAAUGCAUUACACUACUUUUACUAGAAAGUAAUUAGAUUAGAAUAACUAAUUAAUUUGUAAUUAUAUUACACCCAACACUGCUUAUGCGCUAUAAUAUUACAAGACUUCUGCGCUUCUAGACUGUUGGAGCUGGUAGAGCAUGACAUUAGUAAAACCAACCUCAAAAAACUGAUAAAUGUAUACCUUAAAUUCACUUCAAGUUGCUUUAAAUGUCUGCCAAAUGCAUAAAUAAACCAUACAAUAACUCUGUAGGUCCUAAUUCAAACCAUGCAGGAAAUGUAAGCGCAGCGUAAUUCUAGCAGGAAGACUUGCAGCUUUACAUCAUCGCACCAUUAGCAUGGUAAUUCCUAGCCAAUCACAUGUGAGCCAUUGCUUUAUAAGUCAGCUCACAAUCUAUCACAUUGCUGUUUCA